ACAGGAGGCGCCAUUUUGAACUCCGGUUCGCGGCAAACAGAAAGGCGGGACCCCGUAACAAGACAUGGACGACUACCACACAGGCAUAUAUGUGCCUUACGGCAUGGACAGCCAUUGGAAAGGUGGCCCCAACCUGCAGGUGACAAGAGCACUAAAUCAGAGCUCUAUGCUGACAAGAGAAGUUACAUGCACUGCUUUCAUGACUCCAGGAGAACACGAUGAUCGAACCGCACCAACUUUUCGCAGCCGAAAAGGUAAAGGCUCCAAUAAGGGUCGGUCGUAUGACCGCUCCCGCAGAGACCGCCAACGUGGGGGCCAAGGCGGAGGCUUCGGUGGUCCUGGACCACGGUCCAGGCUAGACGAUCCUGAUGGAGAUGUAACGAUGAAUGAGACCACUCAGGACAACACCCAAAACAGAUUUAACCCCUACGGAAGGGCUUUUCGAAAAGGAGAUGGGCGCUUUGAAAGAGACAGGCGACAAGGCAAAGGUGGGAGAGGAGGCUUUAGAGGGAACAGGGGUGGAGGAGGCAUUGGUGGUGGCGCAAACCGUUCAGGCUGGUACAAAGUAACCAUCCCACAUGGCAAAAAAUAUGACAAGAAAUGGUUAUUAACGGCACUUCAGAACAUCUGCUCAGUACGCUACACACCCAUUCAGUACCACGUUGACCAUAGCAGAGCUCAUUUCUAUCUCGACGAUUCCACUGCAGCCACUGCUUUGCAUAAAUGCUCACACAAAAUCACAGACACAAAUGGUUAUAAGGUGGAAGUUCAUGUCAAUACCAGCAAUCCACCUAACUUCCUCUUAUCUGACCUGAAGCCUGAAGACAUGGAACAUCUGAAACAAUGUAUGGCUAAACGUUUCGAUGGCUCGCAACAAGCUCUCGACUUGAACAACAUCCGCACAGACCCUGACUUGGUAUCCCAAAAUGUUGAAGUCAUCAUAAAUAGGAAGACACACAUGGAAGCUGUCAUCAAGAUUAUUGAAGAGAACAUUCCAGAGCUGGCCAGCUUGAACCUGAGCAACAAUCGCAUUCAUAAACUGGAUGAAUUUACUCAAUUGAUUACCAAAGUGCCGAAUCUGAAGAGCAUCAACCUUUCGCACAAUGAGUUAAAGUCAGACCUUGAACUGGACAAAGUAAAAGGCCUGAAGCUGGUGGAGCUGUGGCUAAACAGAAACCCCUUGUGUAGCCUCUUCAAGGACCAGACCUCAUACGUCAGUGCUGUGAGAGAGAGGUUUCCUCGGCUGCUUAAACUUGAUGGAAACGACCUGCCUCCACCCAUUGGAUUUGAUGUGGAAAGCCCCACCACAAUCCCCCCCUGCAAGGGAAGUUAUUUUGGCUCAGAUGAAAUCAAGGGCCUCAUCCUUCGAUUCUUGCAACAGUACUACAGUAUAUAUGAUUCUGGGGACAGACAGUCUCUUCUGGAUGCUUACCAUGAUGGGGCAUCAAUGUCGCUGACAACCCCUUUCUCUAGCCAGAACCCUUCCAGGUCCAGUCUGGGAGAGUACCACAAAGACACUCGAAACCUGAAGAGGAUCAAGGACUUAACGAGCCGCUUCAAACUCCUGAAGCACACACGUUUGAAUGUGGUGGCUUUCCUCAAUGAGCUGCCAAAAACUCAGCAUGACAUCGCCUCUUUUACCAUCGAUGUGAAUACCUACACAAACACAUUACUGUCAUUCACUGUAAGCGGAGUCUUCAAAGAGGUCGCCGUGAAUGGGAAAUCCAGAGACUCCACCAUGGCCUUCUCCCGAGUUUUCAUCACAGUCCCUGCAGGGAAUUCUGGUUUGUGCAUCGUCAACGACCAGCUUUUUAUCCGAAUGGCCACGACGGAAGAAAUUCGCAAAGCCUUUGUGGCGCCCGCCCCGACUCCAUCAUCCAGCCCAGUGCCCACCCUGACUGCACCACAGCAGGAGAUGCUCACGGCCUUCUCGCAGAAGUCGGGCAUGAACUUUGAAUGGUCCCAAAAGUGUCUACAAGACAAUGAGUGGGACUUCAACAAAGCUGCACAGAUCUUCACACAGUUGCAGACUGAAGGAAAGAUCCCAGAAGUUGCAUUCAUCAAAUGAAACCUUGACUCAUACCUCCUGUAAAAAAUAAAAUCUGAUCCGUUUUGUUUAAUUUUGCGUCCUUUUUCUCUUUUUGCCUCUUGUGGCUUAAGUGGCAGACAUUGUUAAAUAUACCUUACAUUCGUGUGGUUUUGUUUUAGCAGCCAAAUAUAUGAGGAACUGUUUGAAAUUCAGACUUGUUUUAUAUGUUUUUUGUUAUUUUAGAGUCCGUCAUCUGUAUAUAAAUGUAUGCUCAUUGGAAUAGACUUGUGGCCAGGUAUUUUGUUCUUUAAUUAUUGUAAAGUUAGAGAAUUGACACAUUUCCUGGACUUCAUAUUAAAUAUAGUUCAUUCAUUAAAAUAUGUUUUGCUA